AUGUCGUUCAACGCUUUUGCCGAUUCAUUCUCCAAGCGAUUCCAGGAGAUAUCCUCGACGGUCCAGCAGAAGGCUCAGGAAGCUCAGUUGGAUAAAAAACUGAAGGACCUGUCGCUGAGCGUCAGCCAGCGGACGCAGGACCUGACCUCGAACUUGCCAUCGCUGGCGCAGACGACGCAGCGCCGGGUGCAGGAGCGGCUGGGCCAGGUUACAGAUAUUUCGCAGAUGCCCGAGGAGUAUGUGGAGCUCGAGCAACGGGUGGACAGGACGAAGUUAAUUUACGACAACUUCCUGAAGGUGUCGCAAAUCUACGAGUCGGAGAGCUACGACUACCCGCAGCACAUCAGUGACUCGGUAAACGACUUUUCGAAGACCGUGACUGGCAAGGUGCAGGAGUUGACCAAGGCGACUACGACCGAGGAGGCACAGAGCAUCCUUAUUUCCCCUGGCCCAGCCCGCAACCCAAAGACGCUGAACUACGCGCUCAGCAAGGUUGCGUUGACCUCGAGCGAGUACCUCAGCAAGUCGGGCUCGGACGACGUUGUAACAGCUGAUAUUCUGCUCAAGUACAGCGAUGUGCAGGCGAAGAUUGCACAGGCCCGGUUGCAGCAGGACACACUGAUUCAAACCCGGUUCAAUCGGCGUCUGCGGGAAAAGCUGAACACCCAGUUUGCGGAGGCUAUGCAGUCGCGCAAACAGGUGGAUCAGAAACGGCUGCAGUACGAUAUCGCAAGAGCGAACUUCACCGCUGCACGCCCGGAAAAACAAGCCUCUCUGCGUGUGCAGAUGGAGACCCUAGAAGACCAAUUUGCGCAAAGCACCGAAGACGCAGUGGCCUUGAUGCAAGCUGUGAUCGACGACACUGAGUUCUUGAAAGAGUUUCAAGAGCUGGUUACUGCGCAGCUUGGGUUCCACAAGGCGGCCGCAGAGCUUCUUUCCGGGUUUGCAACUGUUUUCGCCGCAGAUUCGGCAGUCCACAUUUCCUCAGCUGACUACAAAUGA